AUGGCGACUUUUGCGUCGCUUGAGCUUUCCGAAAAAUUGGCAGACGGCGCAGAAGAUCCAAAUGAAGAGGAGGAAGUUAAAAAAUCGGGACCCAAGCGGCUUGCAGCUGACGAGGUGUCCUCAAUUUUCACAUUAAAAAAUGAGAUGUACAAAAAGAAAAAUACGAUAAUAAAAUCGAAUUUCGAUAAAGGAUAUGUCGCAGGAAAAUCGUCAUUGUUAACAACAAAAAAAGAGGAAAAAGAAGCGCAAGAGAAGGAAUCGCGUGAAAGAAGAGCAAGAAUCGAGAAAAAUGAGCAGGGAUGGAAGCGAGAAGAGGAAGAAGCUUUCAAUAGGGCCCAGGAGAAACUAAAGGAAAAAGCGAAGCUCUAUGAGCGACUAGCUGAAGGACAUGUCGUUAUAGAGCAGUCCGACAAUCAGCCAGUUGAGUUCAUGGUCGAUUUCAGCAGUAAAAAGCGUCAAGUGGAAGAAGAGAAGAAAGCCGAGCGGGAUCGUUAUCGCGAAAUUGAAGAGGGACCAUCGACGUCGUUCGGAAGGGCACCAGUACCUGAAAGGUUCCAUCAUAAUGAAGAACAACGCGUCUAUGGUGUUUCCCAUAUUCGAUUAUCAGCGAAUGAAGAAAAACGAAGAGAGGAGAUUCAGAAUCUUUUGAAUUUUUCCAAAAAGACUAACGAGGAGCGUAAAAAAUUGAAAAUCGAGAAGGAUGAGAAAGAAGCGAAGCGUCGAGAGAAGAUCAACAAACUUCGCAUCAAAAAGGGUCUACCGCCGUUGAAAGAUCCCUCUCCUGAGCCGGAGCCGAAUCUCGACGAGAUUCCGAUUCCCGAGCCGCACGAGACCCCCGAGCAGCGGCACGCGCGAUUAAUGAAGUCGAAUCGCGAAUGGGAUCGCGGCAAAGGCCUCUACACCCAAUGGAUCGAGAAGCAGCGCGACGAUCGCGACGAUGAGUUCCGUCCGCCUGAUUCAUAUUUCAAGUGA